UUUUCGUGCAUCCCACGUUUCCUUGAUUUGUCAUAAUUAAGGCUUCCACAGAUUUAGAAAAAUUUGUAGUUGCAUACUAUAAUAAUCUGUCGAACAAUUUACUUUGAUUCUCCGUACAAUUAAAUUCUCUCUCGUUCUUGGGAAUAUUAAAAGUAAAAAGUUUGUAUUUGUAGAGAAGAAAACAAAAGAAAGGUUUUGGUACCAUGGUUCCAUCGUUGGAACGAGGAAUAAGCAUCACGAGUUCAUUCAAUCUUGAUAGAAUGUUUGAUUCCUCACCGGGAAAAGAACAACAACAACCUCAUCUCGCGGAAACAACCAUGCCGGAGAGUCAAACUCAAGACAGCCUCGGUGGAAGUCCCGUGGAGACUAGCCGCCCGAUGACUUCUCGUCUGAUUUCCCGUAGACAGGACAAGCAACAAUCCGAGACGGAGAUGAUGAAAGAUAGAUUCACGAAAUUACUUCUUGGAGAAGAUAUGUCUGGUGGUGGUAAAGGUGUAUCUUCUGCUUUGGCACUAUCAAAUGCCAUCACGAAUCUAGCCGCGUCAAUAUUCGGGGAACAGACAAAGUUGCAGCCGAUGGCACCGGAUAGACGAGCGAGGUGGAAGAAAGAGAUCGAUUGGUUGUUGUCCGUGACUGAUCACAUCGUCGAGUUUGUUCCAUCUCAACAGAUUAGUAAGGAAGGAGUCUGCACCGAGAUUAUGGUGACAAGACAAAGAGGUGAUCUCCUCAUGAACAUCCCUGCCCUUCGCAAACUCGACGCCAUGCUCAUUGAUACAUUGGACAAUUUUAGAGGACACAAUGAGUUUUGGUAUGUAUCGAGAGAUUCAGAAGAAGGGAAACAAGCACGGAAUGAGAGGACAAAGGACAAGUGGUGGCUUCCUCCGGUUAAAGUCCCUCCUAAUGGCUUGUCCGAAUCAGCCCGAAGAAUGCUUCAUUUUCAAAAAGAUUCAGUCUCACAAGUCCAAAAAGCCGCCAUGGCUAUUAACGCGCAAGUUCUGUCAGAAAUGGCUAUCCCUGAUAGCUAUAUCGAGUCUCUUCCAAAGAAUGGAAGAGUAAGCCUUGGGGAUUCGUUAUACAAGAGCAUAACAGAAGAGUGGUUUGAUCCAGAGCAGUUCUUGUCAACACUUGACUUAUCUACAGAGCACAAAGUGUUGGAUGUGAAGAAUAGGAUUGAGGCCUCAAUCGUUAUAUGGAAAAGAAAACUUCAUCUAAAAGACAACAAAUCUUCUUGGGGAUCAGCUGUGAGCUUGGAGAAACGAGAGUUGUUCGAAGAGAGAGCCGAGACGAUCUUGGUCUUGCUUAAACAAAAGUUCCCUGGUCUUCCCCAAUCUUCCCUUGACAUUUCCAAAAUUCAGUAUAACAAGGAUGUGGGACAUGCGGUUUUGGAGAGCUACUCAAGGAUAUUAGAGAGCUUAGGGUACACGGAAAUGUCGAGAAUCGACGAUGUACUUUAUGCGGAUUCUUUAGCCCGGAAGCAAUGCACAGGUGAAGAAACAUCAGAUGGUGGGAAAAUAGCAACGGAAACGGACUCAGCGUCUGCUGGAUCUUCGAACUACUCAGGAGAGGAAAUAGAGAAGCUUGAAUCACAAAACUCAUCAAAGACGACAUUGCUUGAUUUUAUUGGUUGGAGUGACAAUAGUUCAAAAGGGCAGUCAGAGAAACCUCCAAAAUCUCCGAGAAUGACGCCAAAGAAACUCUCAUAUUUGGAGAAGCUUGAGAACUUAAAUGGUUUUAGGAGCCCUAAAGAUAGGCAUUGAAGAUGAAUCAAAAGACAUGUGAACAACUAAAAUGAUACAAUUGAAGAAGCCAUAUAAGUGUGUAUAUUUAGGCAAAAGAAUGAAACAAUUAGCAAUUAACUAUUAUCUUCCUUCCAGUUUUGUUUCUUGGACAGAGAAGUAAAACAACAUGUUACCCCCACAUCAAUUCUCAAUAAUUUUGUUUUGAUAAAAACAAAUCAUUUACUAU